CUUUCAUUUCUCAAGGAAAUAGUGAUCGGAAUGGCAGACGCACCAUCUUCGAGUGCGCCUAAGGCGAAGGCGCCUAAAACAAAGGCUCCCAAAGAGAAGGCCCCGAAGGCCGCCCCAGCAGCGCCUGCGGAGCCCCCUAAGGCUGUGCGUAAAGUGUCUUCCAAACCUCGUCACGGAAGGCUCUAUGCUAAGGCUGUAUUCACAGGAUACAAACGUGGUCUGCGUAACCAGCAUGAGAACACAGCCCUUUUAAAGAUUGAGGGAGCCCGUGACCGCAGUGAUGCUGAUUUCUAUGCUGGCAAGCGGUGUGUGUACGUUUACAGAGCAAAGAAGAGGACCCCCAUUGCUGGUGGUCCCCGCGGUAAGAAGACCAAGCUUCGCGCCAUCUGGGGCAAGGUGACCCGCCCACAUGGAAACUCUGGCAGUGUGCGUGCUCGCUUCAAGAACAAUCUGCCCGCUCAUGCUAUGGGACAUAGGAUACGAGUGAUGCUGUAUCCUUCCAGGAUCUAAGAACCUGUUUAAUUUUAAGCUAAAAUAUACAUAAAACCACCAA